AUGGUAUCGACGCUAUCAGUGGUCAAAACCGUCGUCCUGCUGCUUCUCUACGUCAGAUGUUCAGUCGCCAGCUACGAGAAAUGGGAGGACCUUCCAAGCUGCGCUCAAGACUGCCUCACGCAAACUGUCAACGCUUCUCUUGCAGGCUGCAAUGAACUUUCCAUCGGCUGUUUCUGUGACAAUGGCUUCGCGACUGCUGCCUUCGAAGUUUGUCUCGCUUCUGACGGUCCCUGCGACUCUGACCCUGUGAAUACGGACAGCGAGGACUUCGAGAGCAAUGUUCUCUGCAAUGCCAACACCGACAGUGGCUUCCGUUUCACCGCUGUGAAGGGUACCGAGACCGUCAUUCUUGGGCUGGGCGCAAACAAAGGCGAGGGGAUGACUAUGGCCAACACUGACCAGGGACAGACUACGGCCCCAUCAUCUGCACCUUCGUCCAGUCUAUCCAGCAGCUCUCCCACCACGGUAUCCGCCUCUGUAACCAGUCCCGCCUACACUUCAGCUCCCGUGGCAACAAGAAUUACUCCUGGCAUUCUAACCAGUGUUUCCACCGUUGUCGUCGAAUUGUCCAGCGUUGAGGCAACAAGUACAGCCACAACCGGCACAUCCAUCGAAUCUGCUGUCACUACCGUCGUUGUAGUAGCAGCGGCUUCCGCCAAACUCACGUCCAUGCUGAUCUUCGUGUCAGGGUUUUUGAUGACCUGGGUACCAGCGAUUAUUGCAGAGACAUUUGGUUGGCCUUGA